AGUAAAUCUAUGUGUAUAUAAGAGAAGCACACAUAGCCUCGCCAAACAUUUUCUUGUCGGCUAGACUUGCGCAUCUAAGAAGUAAUACAGUUUCUAAAUUUUGGAAAAUUUAAUACUCGAAAUAAAGAUGAGUGCAGCUGACAAGAAGAAUGUAGCGGAUACAUGGAGUGCAGCUUACAAGGACUGGGACUCUAAAAAUGGCGUGGCUUUCUAUACCAGGAUGUUUGCAAACCAUCCAAAAAUCAAGGCUGCAUUUGUCAAUAGUGAUAUUAAAACACAGUCUGGGUUGUUUGGCCAGAUGGUUCAAUCCUGGAUGGAAAACCUGGAUAAUGCGGGCACGCUGGAUCAAAAGAUCAGCGGAAUGUGUGCCAGUCACAAGAAAAGAGGUCAAACAGACAUGGGGCUAUUCAAAGAUGCCCUGACAGAACUUGCCGGUUUCAUCGCAGACACCGUUGGAAUGAGUGGUGAUCAACAAACGUCGUGGCAAAAAAUAAAUGAAGUCAUUUUGGACAUGAUGAAAACGAAGUUCUAAACUGUCUGUUGAUGAACCAGACAUAUACCUGCGGGUAUAUGUUUAACAGAAAUCAUAUGAUAUAUUUUCUGCAUGUUCAUAUGAUUUACAUACGACUAUAUAAAACAUAGCAUAAUUAUGCCUACAACGGUGGUAAUGCUCGUGUUGGUUUUAGGCAAUGUCGCAAUAAUUAUGUUGUAAGAUUUGUUGACGUGUACAUAUGCAGACAUUCCGUGGCACAUCCUGCGACAUUUGUGUCUUUAAGGGCAUUAGUAUUCUGCGAUAUUGAUUACAUUUCUAGAAUUAAAAUGCAUUUUUUGUACGAUUUUUUGCAUGAUUUCCACCACCGACAAACAAUUAAAAUAUGAGGGUCAUACUUCUAUGUUUAUGGUGAAUAUAUAAUUCAGCGUUAAAAAGGAAACUGGCCUCUUCUCUCAUACCCUCGUGGCGAUGGAGUCCAUCAGGAAUUAGGUGUCGAGAGUGAUUAAUAUAAGAACUUCCUUCACAAUCGACCUAAAAUAAAUUAUGUAUAAAUAUAUAAAAAAAAUCAGUAAUUUCAACAUUUUCAUACAUUUUUUUCAAUGCAUAAAUGAAAAGUAAGGAUAAAAACCAUUUUGACAGUAAAUAAAUAUCACAUACCUGUAUCACAGAAUAAAAUGUGUAUGAUUUAGUUUAAACCAUUGAAAAGGCGUGAAAGAAAUGAAAAUUUCAUCGUUUUAUAAGUAAGGCAAACUUUUUAUAUACAUCUGAACACAAUAUCUUACAAUUUCACUCGUGACUAUGCCACACGUGAAAAUAUCUAAUCUGUUUUUCAGCUGUUGAAAGAUAUUUGAUUUUGCACAGAAACAAAUAAAAGUCCCCUGUAUAGUUGUGGAUUAAAGAACUACAAGGAAUACAAAUCUACAACCAAAACGAAAUGGAACACCGAAAAGAUUAUAGGGUCAAUCGUAUUGUUGUCAGUUUGUCGAAAUUGUACACAUUAAUAAAUCAAUUUAUGAGCUUAAUUUUAUUGUUACAAUUUUCAUAUAUUUUGCAAAUAAUGUAAUAUGUAGGCUUGUUUUAUGGUUUGUCUUGCACAACUGGUUUCUCUUGUACAAUAAAUAUGUUGAGAAAUAAAUAUUCCUUCACUAGUUUACAGGUAUCAGAUAAGUGCCUUAGACCUUUUCAAAAUCAGAAAAAACAUGCUUAUUUUAUUGCUAUUAAAAGCGGAUGAAAAUUAUAA